AUGUCUGCCGACCUCGCCCAGAAACUCCAGCCUCACGCCAAGGAGAUCGUCAUUGCCCUUGGCGUGAUCCUCCUUGCCCUCGUACUGCUCGCCGGCAAGAAGAAGGAGAAGCCUGUCCUCGACCCCGUCGAGUUCCGCCCCUUCAAGCUUAUCAAGAAGACUCAGCUUUCCAAGAACACUUACCGAUACCGCUUCGCGCUCCCCUCGCCGACUGCCAGCCUCGGCUUGCCGAUCGGCCAGCACAUCUCGAUCAUGGCCAACAUUGAUGGCAAGCAGGUCGUGCGCUCUUACACUCCGACCUCGCUUGACAACGACAAGGGCUACUUUGAGCUCGUCGUCAAGGCGUACGAGCAGGGCAACAUUUCCAAGUACCUGUCCAAGCUCAACGAGGGCGACAGCAUCAUGGUCAAGGGCCCCAAGGGCAAGUUCAACUACACCAAGGACCUCUCGCCCCACCUCCUCAUGAUCGCUGGUGGCACCGGUAUCACGCCGAUGUACCAGAUCAUCAAGAGCUCCGUCAUGGACCCCACCGACAAGACCGAGAUUGAGCUCAUCUACGCCAACGUUGACGAGGGCGAUAUUCGUGAGUCCCGAGGCCCAGGAGACAGCUUACACUUAGUUUUGCGUGAGGAGCUCGAGCGCCUCUCUGCCGACUCGAACAACCGUUUCAAGCUCUACGACAUGAUCAAGGAGCGAAUGCACAAGGCCGGCGUCUCUUCCGGCUCCAAGGUCCUCCUUUGCGGUCCCCCUCCCAUGAUGACCGCCAUGAAGGGCCACCUCAAGGAGCUCGGCUACCCCGCGCCCCGCACCGUCUCCAAGCUCGAGGACCAGGUCUUCCUGUUCUAA